UUUAGAAGAAGCACAAGAGUUAAAAAUAUGCAUGAGAAAUUAAAUCCAUCAAUUCCCUCCAAAAAUACUCGUUCACAAAAGAAAAUUUUUGGGGAAAAGAACAAUUUGAAUGACAGAACUCCUCGAAGAACUGAUAAGAAGAAAACAAAGAAAUUACUUCAAAUAAAGGGUGCAACUGAAUGCUAUGAUUUUGAUCAAACGGUUUUUAUUAUUUUAAAGGCUUAA